AUGACCUCCCCAUCCUACGCCCACCACUUCUCCAUCAACAACCUGCCCUUCGGCGUCGCAUCGCGAUCCCACGACCCCCAAUGCGCAACGCGCCUCCACAACACCGUGAUUUUCCUAGGGGUGCUGCAAGACUCCGGCGUCUUCAACGAUAUUCCCGACCUCCCGAAGGGGAUAUUGUCAAAUGCGACGUUGAACGAAUAUGCCGCGCUCCCGAAACCACUCCACGCGGCCGUCCGCGCGAAACUCCAAUCUGUCCUCGUCGACUUGGACGCCCUACCCGAGAACUCCAAGGCGGAUAUCUCGAGCGCGAAGAUGCAUCUGCCCGUUUCGAUCUCGGGGUUUACAGACUUCUCCAACUCCCUCAACCACGUCCAAAACGCCGGCCGCGCGAUUCUCAACGACCCCGCGCCUCCUCCUGGCUUCUUUUACUUCCCUAUCGGGUACACGGGACGCGCGUCGACGGUCGUUGUUUCGGGCACGCCGAUUACCAGACCCUCUGGGCACUUCUAUGACCGUGCGAACCCGACUCCGAAGACGGUGGUCUAUGGACCAUGUCGUGCGCUCGAUUAUGAGAUGGAGCUGGGCGUUGUUGUGGGCAAGCCGUUUCAGUGGGGGAGUGGGAAGGGGAUCAGUGCGAACGAUGCCGAGGAGUAUGUCUUUGGGUUUGUGCUGCUUAAUGACUGGAGUGCCCGCGACAUCCAAGGCCUCGAAAUGGUCCCUCUCGGCCCUCUAAACGGCAAAGCCUUCGGGACGACGAUAUCGCCGUGGAUAAUCACCACAGACGCACUGGCACCGUUCCGAGUCGCGGGGCCAGGUUCCGAGCCACGGGUUGAGCUCACAGAGCAUCUGAAGGAGGAGAAAGAAGGGAACUUUGAUAUCGUGAUGAGCGUGGAGAUCAUCCACCCACCUGCAAGUACGUCCACGAACGGACAUGCUGGAAGUGGUGAGUAUGAAGGCAAGACUAUCUCGCCGGUGGCCAUCAGCUCCGCAAAAGACCUUUUCUGGAGUCAUCGGCAGAUGGUCGCGCAUCUUACGAGCUGCGGGUCAGACCUGCGCACUGGGGAUCUGCUGGGGACGGGGACAGUCAGCGGGGCGGAGGAGGGUUCGUACGGGUGUCUGCUUGAGAGUACGAAGGGUGGGAAGCAGGCUGUGAAGCUUGCGGACGGGACCGAGAGGGUGUAUCUCCUUGAUGGGGAUAUCGUCCGGAUGAGCGCUGUUCUGGGGAGCGAGGGGUCUGGUGUGGGAUUUGGGGAGUGCAUUGGGGAGAUAUGCCCCGCGAAACAAUAG